CCUGACCCCUCCAAGUUUCCACUUUCCCCUGCACCCACCUAUUUUGCGGGGCACAAGGCUACGCGCUGGCCUCCGCAUACUACUUACAAACCAAUGUGCCUCCAUCGACAUCACUGCAUGCUAACCUUUCAAAGCGUUACACCACGCGUGCACACUCACUGCCGAACGCUCUUGUAUGCUACAGCUUCAUGGGGUCCUUUGCCGCAGACCAAUGCAAAAUGAGCCAGUGGCAACUCCAAGGUCUGCAUAUCAACCGAUUUCCAUGAUGGGGCAUUUGCUGCUUUCGGACGCUGCAGCCACGAGGCCAUUGGACCCUGGGACAGCAGCAGACAAGUCGAGUGCGGAGAAUCCCUGCGAUCCUGACCUGGAGGGUAUAAUGGCCAAGGGAGGAAAUGGCUCUUACAAGCACAGCUGCACGGGCUGGCUAGUGUGACUAUGGUCUUCAAGGAGACUGGCUUCAUGGGGCAGUCCGAGGUAGGUACCGUUCUGCUCAUUGGUGUCACAUCACAUACAAAAAGCAAGCAUUUCCGCUACUCUUAGUGCCCCUGGAUCCAAAGGUUGGAUCGUGACUGCACUUUUUGAAUCCCCAUCGAACCCAAAGGGCCCAGACAGUAAACAUGGAAUCAGAACUCGCCGAGCUCAAGCAGGAAGUGCAGAGGCUUCAUGUCAAACUUCAAAAAGUCGAAGAUGAAGCCGAGAUCCGCAAAGUGCAUUUCAAAUACGGGUAUUAUCUCGACAAAUGCCUCUACCAAGAAGUCGUCGACAUGUUCUCCAACCAUCCAGACGCAUACGUCGAGUUCCUCGGCGCGCGAUACCGGGGCAAAGAAGGCAUUCGGCGACUCUACAUAGGGCGAUUCGCGCACUACUUCGUCAAAGACCGCAACGGACCCGUGUACGGGUUCCUCCUGGACCACCCAAUGAUGCAGGACAUAGUGGACGUUGACGCUUCAGGGACACAUGCAUGGGCACGAAUCCGGGCCCUCAUGAGCGCCGGCACCCAUCAAAGCAUCCAGGAAGAACACCCCCGAGGCCAUGCGCAGUGGUGGGAAGGAGGACUGUACGAAAAUGAAUAUAUCAAGGAAGACGGGGUGUGGAAACCCUUUCGGUACCGAUACUUCCCAUUCUGGCACGCCGAUUUCGAAAGGGGCUGGGCUCACACCAAGAAAAACUAUGUCCCUUGGCCGACUACUACGUAUCCUGAUGAUCCCAUGGGUCCCGAUGAAUUGAUCGAUGAGGACAAGAGAAUGUUGUGGCCCGACACCCGUGUUGUGCCUUUCCAUUAUGCGCAUCCUGUCACAGGGCAUAAUGUCAAGGAUGAUGAUUUGAGGGCUCCCCAUUAUGGUCAGGAUCCGAGCACGGCUUUGCCGCCGUUGAGUUUGGCUUUGCCGAAAGAUCUGCAGCAGAAGGAGAAAGAGCAGCCGCAGCAAAAUACGGUUACUUCUCCCGCAGCUCCGGAAAAGGUCGUGGCACAAACUGGAGAGAUAGCGGACAGCACGCCUGCUUGAUUGAAUAAUUAUCCUUGGGAAGCGCAUCCGGAGGUGUCAUUGUGCCGACCAGUUUCUGAUGUUGCCUCGGUCAAUACAGGUACUCUCUCUGGAAGAUACCGUACAUGUAGGAGGGUAUCUCAUGCUCGGCCAUCAACAAUGAUCGCAUACAUACUCAAUCCCACCCAGAAACAGGUCUCAUUCACUGCACAAUUAAUCACAUGGUAAAAGUGAACAUGCACAUUCAAUGCCUAUCCUAUGUCUUGCCG